ACCAGAAGUCUGAUCUCAUUCAAGACGUGAGCAGAAAACCAUUCAGACUGCUGUCAAACAGGAUCAAGAUGUUGCUGGUGUCACAGGUCAUGUCCCUCCUCCUCCUCCUCCUCCUCCUCUGUGUGAUGGAGCUCGUCUGUGCCACAUCUGUCAGUCCUUCACUGCAUCAGCCUCCUCUCACACGUGUUCGCAUUAUUGAAGUCGAGGACGACUACGAUGAAGAAAGUUCAAUGACGCGCGCGCCCCAGUCUCCAGGGGUCACGACCUCUCGUGUAAUCCGCCGACCUUGUGAUUAUGACCCCUGUGCGGUUCAAACGACCCCUUGCGACAAGAUUUCAGCCGAGACGGGCUGCCUCUGUCCUGGGCUGACGGGGCCUGAGGAGAGACCCGAGGCUCCGGAGCUCCGGGAGGUGAAGCUGGACGGAUCCGGGGAAGUCUUUGUGCACUGGUGCGCUCCUCGCUCCACCAUCACCCAUUAUGAGGUCACACUGAAAGAUGGAAACAAGCAGCUGGUUUUCGGAGAAUAUUUAAGAAACGGUGCCGUACCCGGACUGAAAGUCGGGGAGAUGGUGUGCGUGGCGGCCGGGAAUCAAGCGGGACUCAGCGAGAAGUCGUGUGCACGAUAUGAGUCGCCGCAACCCGACCAGGCGGCUGUGAGCGCAGGGAUCAUCGCGGGGAGCGUCGCGCUCGCCGUUGUACUGUGGAGACAAAGGACGUGUCGGAAAGGUAGGAUGGGAGACACCGAGGGCCUCGGAAAUCCUUCAUACACCAAUGACGGAGCACUGUGAUGAGGAAACAAAUGCAUGGAGAAUGACACAAGCUGCAAAGAGUUUUGUACAAGUGCACUAUCGGUCAAAAGACUGGAAUAAUUAUGUUUUUUGUUUUUUUUGUUUUCAAAAAAGUCCCUUCUGCUCAGCAGUGCUGCA